UGAAAUAAAAAUAAAAAUAAUACAAAAAGAUAAAAAGGAAAGCACAGAUAAGAUUAUUCUUUCUGAAUUGUGAUCAAACCAAUUAUUGUUCCAAUUCACAAUCUAACAUCUCAGGAAAAAAAAAAAAAGAGAAACUGAAGAAAGCUUAGCAAUGAAGAGAAUUCCUCGAAUCAAAUUUCCUGAUAGACACCCUAAACCCUCAACUUCAACUUCUGGUAAUGAGUCCGCAAAGCCGUCAUCGGGAAAUGGAAGCACUAGUAAGCUUACAACAUCGAAGUCUGACGUUCCUGCACCACCCGGUUCCUUAGGCGUAGGUGGUAAAGCUUCACUUCAGCCUAAACGCUCACCAGUCUCAAAGGAGGAGAUGGAAGCUAUCUUGUUGGGUGGCUGCGUUUAGGUCCAUUUCGGAAAGUUAUCAAAAUGAAGGUGCUGCUUUUGAAACCUUAUGUUCCUUAUUUCCUUCCUUCCAGUGCUACUGCGGCCAUGAGCCAAAGAAGACUGUGCUCCUAGCCACACUUGGAGUUUGCAAAUUCAGAUGUUUUCGCAACUAUCUGAUGUACUGAACUAUAUAUAAUUACUGUCAAUAUCAUAAACUUUACCUUCUGAAUGUAUCAAAGUGGUGUUUUCGUUA